AUGGAAACACACCCUAGUCCUUAUGGCUGUCCCUGGGAAUUGAUGAUAUGUACAACAAUUGGAUUUUUUGUUGUUCUCUUGUUUUUGUGGAGAAGUUAUCAGUCUGUGAGAAGCAGGCAUUACAUGAGAAGAGAAAAACAGCUUGCUCUAAAACUUUCUGGACUAAUUGAAGAAAAAUGUGAACUACUUGAAAAGGUUGGUCUUGCUCAAAAAGACUACGAAGACUUAGAGUCAUCUUUAAAGGAUACCAUUUUGGAGAAGGAGUCAAUAAAAUCAGAAAAUUUGGAGACAAUAUAUGAAAACCUGGAUAGGUCCAUAUCUAAACUUGAGGAUGAAAUACUCUUUCUAGAAAAAAAGCUAAAAGAAGAGAAAACUAAAUAUUUUCAACAGGAUGAAUUGAUGGUGGAUAUAUUAAAAAGAAUUAAGUCCCUAGAAGAUGAAUCAAAAUCACUCAAAUUUCAAGCUAAAACAACCUUGAGAAUAUUUAAAAUGAAUAAAGAAGCAGUUACAGUAGCAAUAAAAGAGGCUUUGAAUGAAAAUUUCUACCUUCAGGAAAGUCAGAAACAGCUUUUAGAAGAAGUUGAAGUAUGGAAAGAAAAAGUGAAUGGCCUCAAUAAACAGAAAAUGAUACUUGAACACUCUAAAGAUCAUGCAGAACAAGUUCUAAGAGAUAAAGAAAAUCACAUUAAAUCUCUGACUGAACACUUGCUGCAGAUGAAAUAUUGGGCUCCUGUGCUUGCAGAAGUCCUAAAAGAUGAUGGUAACUUGGAGUUGGAAAUGGAGAGUGAAUCAGAAAUUGGUGCUCACUUUGAAGAUCAGCCAAAAGGGGCUUUGAAGAAACUGGUUUAUGUUGCAAAGUUAAAGGCCUCUUUUAAAACCUUAGAAAGAGAAGGAAAUCAAAUUUUUACUUUAUUAUCUGAAGUAAUUGAGACAAAGGAAGGUGUUAUAGGACAUAUUAAAAAUCUUAAGACAGAACAAGCAUCUUUGCAAGCAGAAAAUACACAAUUUGAAAGUGAGAAUCAGAAUCUUCAGCAGAAAUUUAAAGUCAUGAUGGAAAUAUAUCAAUAAAAUGUAAUGGAACUCCAAUGGAAACUAAUAGGAGAGAAAAAUUACCAGGUAGAGCAAGAAGUGAAACUUUCCAAAGUGGAGGAAAAGAUCAGCCAUACAACUAAACUGCUGGAGACCUAUAGAAAAUGAGCCAAUGAUCUUGAAGAAGAAUUGAAGAGAACCAUUCAUUUUUAUCAGGGGCAUGUUAAGUACUAUGAGAAAAAAACACAUGGUAAUGAGUUGGCAGCUCAGAGUGCUGAAAGAUACCUCAAUGAUUUAAGAAAACAAAAUGAUCACAACAGACAAAAAUUAACUGAAAUGGAGUUCACAUUUAAACUUGCAGAAAAAGAUCCUUCUGCACUUGAUGUUUCAAAUACAGCCUUUGGCAGAGGUCAUUCUCCAAAUGGUCCCUCACCAUUGAGUCAACCUUCAUGUGAAAUGAGACCUUAUGUGGAAAAGAAGGGUCCACUCAUACUCUCACCUUUGGUGACAGUGGGAGAAGGAAGAGGCUCAAGGGGCCCAGAGAAUUCUCUGGAUCAUCCAACUAGCAAUGAAAGAAGAGAAUCAAACUGCAAUAGGUUAACUGAUCCUCAGAGAGCACCUUCUGACACUGGACCCCUGGCACCUCCAUGUCAACAGGCCCAUAUGAUAAUGAUCCCUCCACCAGGCCAAACAUAUUCUGAUCCACAGCUUCCUCUACAAAGGCAAGAUGGAUGUUAUUAUAAUUAUGGUACACCAUCAGAAUUCAAAAGUUCCACUAUGCUGCCUUUGGAAAAAAUGGAGGGGUCUACGUCUUCAGAUAUUAAAUACAGUAGAAAUGAUAUCAAAGUCAAUCUUGGUGAUUCCAAUUUGCCUGAUUCAUCUCUCCCCCCUGAAAAUGAAGUAAGUGGCUCUGGAUUUGCUUUCUCACCUUUCCUUCCAAUCAGAGGUCCAUUGUUUCCAGUGGAUCCAAGGAGUCAGUUCAUGAGAAGAGGACUUUUUCCUCCACCUCCUCCAAGAAACAUGUAUGGAGCAUCUUGA